CGUUGCUUGCGUUCGCGUCCACAACACGCUCUCUCUCGCUCUCUAGACUCUUGGCCACUCGACAAUCUCUUCUGUGUUGGCACAAGCUUCUCCCAGUCAGGGCGACCAGGCCCCCAUUCGUUCGCUGUAAGUCGGUUCGAGCGGAACGUGCAACCGGCUGUCCGAUUCGAAAAACACGCACCCCUGAACCGUGUACAUGUGUCCCCGUCCAGCUGGCUCGGCUGUGGUGGAGCAGUGUUUCUAUCUCUCCAUAAGGUGACUAUCAGACGUGUCCGAAGUAGCGGUGCAACUGUUCCAAAUCAGCAUCAUCCCCCAAGUGCAUCCUCGCGGCAUCACCCAAAGCCCUCCAAUUUGCCUCGUGCCAGUGUGCCUUUUCUAGCGUGCGUUUCUGUGUGUGCAGUGUGUGUGUGCAUUGAAAAAGGAGGUGUUUGUGCAACGAAAGGGAAACCACCGAAUCUUAGCAAAAGCGCCCGUGUCUCGAGACGAAGGCUGCAAACUUGAUUCCAGCGUCUGUGAAGGCAGCCACACUCCUUCUUGCGUGCCAGCCAGUGUGUGCCAGGUUUGAUGUGCCCCAAGUCCUCCCCCUGCCCCGAAAGGUGUGUUUGCAAAUUUUCGAUCUCGAGCCUCGAUCCACCCCCCAAUUAUCUGUGUACGUGUGUGUGUUGGGGUAUGUGUAUGUUCGACUAGCGUACGUGUGUUUGUGGUGAUGGUGGUCCAGUGAAAUGAGGGUGCAGCAUAACAUAUAUGUGAAACAGGUCUGCCCGUUCUUCGUACCGUACCCGUACGCCUGGCCGGGCACGGUGGCCUGUUGGUGCCUAUCAAGAUUGUGGCCAUUUGACACGGUGACGGCACGACACGAGUGGAGUCGAUGUAACAACAACAAAAAUAACACCCGGCUGCCUUCUAAUUGAAUUUAAGUUUUCGCGAAGGGUUUUGUGUUAAGUGGGGUAAGCAAAGGCGCAACAACGAAAAAAAAGCAAAAGGGGUAGCAAGUGUUUUGUCACAGGUGCCCGUGUGUUUUAACAUUAAAAAGUUCAAAGGCGAAUCCUAACAAAAGGGUGUCCUAUAUCGGUACCCUGUGCUGUGGUUUUUGUGCUGUGUCUGUGUAAAGGGUAGUUGCUGCCGAUUCGUAGAGUUUGUUCAAGAAUCCUAUGCAGAAGCUGUAGUAUCAUCUAAAUACUCGUAUUCGGAAUUGUUAAUAAAGUGACGGUUGUUCUACAAUGUACUUCAGCAGAACUUUUUGUCACCCAUUUGAACUCUAACGCUAAGAGACAAAUACCGUGAUCCUUAAAAAAUUGAAUUGUUCGUUAAAGUGUGCGAGAAAGCCAAACUAGUAGUCAACAGAGUGGCAGUAAGCGAUCGAUCGUACCAAUCAUGGCAGCUGUAGUGUAUGGAAACAGUCCGCGGCAUAGCAGUCGUCACCAUCAGGGUCAUCUGCUGUCCCAACACUCGCCGUACCACACGCAGUCAUCGAACGCCGGCCAGCAUCACUCACUGCCACCGCCGCCAGGUCACCAUUCCUCUCAUCACACGCUGUCGUCCGUGUCGCCACCGUCGCAGAUCAUCACACCACCCACCUCGUACCUUUCUACCGCCACGACUGCCAUCUCCUCGCAGCAGCAGCAACAGUCAUCCGUGCAGCAGCAAUCGCAACCGGCCUACUAUCACCAUCACCACUCACAGUCGGUAUCGCUGCCGCCGCAGCAUGCGCAAACACUCAGCAGCUACCAUCAGCUGCGCAGCUCGAAAAGAAAGUCAGCGGUCGAGCUGCUGGCAGAAAGCAAACCGUUCUACGUCAAGUCAGAAACCGUGCUCGAUCGUCAGCAGCAGUUGCUGAACAAGCGUUCGAGUGCGGGUGGUGGUAGUGGCAGCGGUGGUGGUAGUGGUGGAAGUAGUGGGGGUGGAGGAGGUGGCUCGCAGCAGAGUAGGAGUGAUGGUGCACAGUGCGGCAGUACGGGCACACUCAGCGGAUCGUACAUGGUAUCGCCCUCAAGAACACUUCCAUCGUCCGCCGUUAGCCAGGCACUGCAACAGCAGGUGCAACAGCAGCAGCAACAGCAACAGCAACGAUCAACCAACCGAAGAAGUGCUUCCUCCGGUUCGGAUCUGCUGCAGACCAAGCUGCGCAAGCUGCUCAACGCGGCCGACAGCAAAGAGACAAUAAUGCCCCCGGCCGGCGACGUGGGCCUGAUCAAUUCCAAAUACGGCCAGCCGCUCGAAACGAGCUACAUCGGCACGGGAAUGGUCGGUGGGGGUGGUGGUGGAGGCAGCCUGGACGAUAUCGGCUACAUUCAGCCGCCGAAAAACUACCAGCAGCAGCUGACCGUCCACCCGGAGCAGCCGAGCGACGUGUCCGUGUUCUUCCCAAGUGCGUUCUUAUCGCCGCAGUCCCUGCCACCGCACCCGGGCGGCGAUGACGAUCUCUAUCUGUACGGCGGGCUGCACGACAGUCUGGUGCUGACCGAUGAUUACCGUGCCAUCAGUCCACCGGCUGAGUACGCCGAGCAGCAGCAACAACAGCAACAACAGCAGCAGCACGGUGGUUCCCCUGAGGGUAAACAUUCGAUGGGAGGCGGCCACAGCCGCUACAACUACCAACGAUCGUACUCGCACUCGCAGGCCGUGGUGCCGGGCUCCGGGCAUCAUCCGACCGACGAGUCGGACUACUCUCCAACGCAAUCGUACAACAUAAACAGCCACAAGUCGCUGCCGGACCUGCACUCGCAGAGCAGCCGCCAUUCGCCACACUCGGAGGCGCUCAGCUGCUGCAGCCGGGGCAAUCGGUCGAACCGUUCCGGCAGCUCCUUCAACCGUGAUUCGGGCGGAUCCUCGGGUCACUACACGCACCACAGCGAACCGUGCUGCAAGCAGCAGCAGCAACAGCAGCAACAGCAACAACAUUCACAGCAGCACCAAUCAAGCCAUCACCAGCUGUCCCAUCUUCCACACUCCCAAAUGAUGAUGCAGCAGCAGCAGCAGCAGCAUCAUUCACAGCAACAGCACUACCAGCAGCAGCACCAUUCGCAGCAGCACACGCUGUCAUCGCAAGGGGACCGGCAAGACUCGAUGAUGAUGCUCGGCGACUAUCGGCGGGACAGUGGCUCCUCGACCCAGCACAGCGGCAACUCGUACUACGCGUACGGCAUUCCUCCACUGCGCUACGACUGCAUCGAGUGUCGGGCGAAGAUCCGAGAGGAGGCUGACUGUCUACUCAACUUCACCACACCGGAGGUGCCGGAAGCGUUCCAGGACGGUUACAGCGAGAAGCAGCAUCAACUCCAACAGCAGCAGCAGCAACAGCAACAGCAUCAACAGCAACAGCAACACCAUCAGCAGCAGCUGUCGAAAAGCCAGCACGCCAAGUACUACGACGAGCGUGGCAGGAAGUACUACAAGAACCCGCCCAUGUCACCGCUAUCGCCCGUGUCCCCACUGUCGCCCCCGGAGCAGGCCCAGCUCGAUCUCAGCCCACCGCUCGGUACGUUCAAGCGGCAGAAGUGUUUGCGCUUCAAGAACCGCAGCGGACGCCAGUCGGCCGUCAGCAAUCCGUCACCGUCGUCCGGUGGCCGGUGCGGGCCGGGCGGUGGUGGACCGGGUUCGAGUGCCAGUGCCGGUGCGGUCGCUGGUGGACCCAUGGUGGACGACGAUCGUCGUCCGAUCUUGCGCUCCAAGAGCGAUAUCAGCGAUCGUUACUGGAACCGUUCGCAGCCCGAGCGAACUACCCUGCUGCCGGUCGCGGCGGCCGAUGUGCGGGACCACCAUCGCGAGCGACGUGCCGAUCGUGAGCGCGAGCGUGAUCGUGAACGGGACCGCGAGCGGGACCGGGAGCAGCAGCUCGAGAAGCAGCAGCGCUCGCGCUCGGACAGCCUCACCCAGCUGGAGCGGUUCUUCGACCGGCUCGGGCUGGACGAGGAAACGUACGAUCGGUACAUCGCGCCGAAGGGAGGUUCGCUGCAGCGCCGAUCCUCCGGCUCGUACCAUCACCACAGCACCGCACACCAUCACAAUUCGGCGUCCUCGGACAUCCAUCGCCUUUCGGACGAUUGCUCUACUGGUGGUGGUGGUGGUACACCGGGUGGUGGUGGCAGUGGCGGUGGCGCUGAUUCCGACGAGUCCAGUGCCGUCUUCUUCUCGGACGUGUCGACCAUCGAUUCGACCAAACUGCCGGACAGUACGGAAACGGCGAACGGGCCGGGAGCGGGUGGAGCUGCGCCCGCUUCGCAGCUGUUGGUCGGUGCCGUUGGAGCCGUCGGACAGCCGGGCGUCGGUGGACAGGCGGAUGGAGGUGUGCCCCUGUUAGGUGGGGCGGGUCCGGCCCCACUCUACCGCACCAGCGAACCGCCGUCGAUCAUCGAGCGUAACGCGCGCAUCAUCAAGUGGCUGUGCAACUGCAAGAAGAUGCAGCUGGCCUAGGGCCGUCGACACCGGAGGCGGACCCCGCCCCGGUGGUCCCCGCCGACCGAGCGCACCGGUUACGGCCGGCGCCGGCAUUGAUGCGGCUGUGAGAGACGCUGAAAGGGAAGCAGGAGGAGGAGGGUUCUCGCGAGAUCCGACCAAGCCAAAGAAAGACGAAGCAUUGGAAAGAGGGGUGUGAGAUGAGUGAGGUGGAGGACAUUUACUUCACACGUACAGCAAGGUGGCCAUCAGUUCACGUGAGUUUGUGUACUUAGUUGAGGCAAAAGCUUGAUCCUUGUCCUCUUCUCGUUCGAAAAUAAGACGAAAAAAACAGGGAAGGACUUCAGAUGUGUAUGCUAGAGAUGGACCGACGAGAUGGUGGAAGACUGCCAAUACGAGGACUCGCUACUAGAAUAAUUGAUGUAGAUGUGUAAACGAGGCUAGCUUGUGACGGCUGCUAACUACUACGACGACGUAAAAAGUCUUUUUUAGCGGUUAAUGUAGAAUGCGUUUGAUAAGUAGAGAACGAGUAGGUCACAGUAGACUUGAUCGAUCGAUCACAUAUACUAACCGGACGGCCUGAUUGAAUACGAAGCGAAGCGACCGUGUUUGUGGACAAUGCAGGGUUUGCAGGGAUGUAAAGCAAGGAAUGAAACGAACAAUAAUUAAGGACUAUACCGAAGGAAAAGGAAAAGGGAAACACUCCGAUUGCAGACGUGAAGCAACAGGGCUGGGAAAAAGUUAAGUACGACAACUACUUACAAUCUCACCAGCUGCCAUGACACUCUAUCGAUGUGUUGCGUGUGUGUAUGUGUGUUGCGUGUUUGUAUCGGUGUUCGUUUGUGUGAAAACAUUGCGGAGGUUUAGACAUUUCGGAUUCAAUCGCAUAAAAUUCAUGGUUCGUGGAGCAAAAACUGGUGGGAUCAAUCAACAACCCGUUUAUGGUAGCUAUGCGUAGUAUCUUAGUACACACGAGACUCACGCACACACACACGAAGGGGAUGGGGAAGCAAGCCUACAGCUUUGUAGGGUUCUUCGGUCGUCAAUUUGUGUCACCACUUACUUAAAUUACGCGACUUUUUCAAUUUUACAAAUACACACGAAACAGCACAUCUAGCAGAGGGAGGAGAUAACAAAUCACUUUAAACAACAAAAAAUCGAUCUCUCUUUCUAUCUCUAGCAAAUAUAGUUACACUUAAAGGGAGAGGAUGUUUUAUAACCAAUCGAGAUCUUUUCUCCCUUACUUCCCCUCCCCGUUCCCUGACAGUGAUGAUCGCCACCCUGUUCAGAUGUAGCUAAACAAGGAAAGGGAAUAUUCUUUUCCUGCCUUCUCUAGCCGUCUCAUGGCGCCUCAUGUACGUUCAACAUCAUGCUAUCCGCCUUAGAACGUUACUUUUCCUCUAAUCUAUUCCAGUAGGAACGCAGUAGGCCGGUUUGUAAUGUAGAGCAUGGUUAGAGGAGAUCCACAUCCAUCAGUAAAAGCUCGCGAAGCUUUCAAAGUUUCGCUUCGAACAGUAGCGGAAAAAGGGAAACGAACCAGGGCAAAUGCAAAACGAAUAAAGUAAAUUAAUGUAGUAACGUACCACACCUUUGAAUCAGGCGUUAGUUUUGCAGUCAGAUUACCCUUCGGGCAGUGCGUUAUUCUGAAUUCUCUCCCCCCUCGAGUGACUCUAGGUGCAAGGAUUCAUACGAAUUGAUUAUAAAGCAAGCGCGAUCGUAUAUAAUAUUUUCUAGUCUAAUGUUAGAUUCUUAAGUCAUGAGGCGAGAUACACCUGUAGUGCUAGAUGAUCGCAUGCUGAAAGGAACAAAACCCAAUUGAAGCAAACACUGUGGAAGGAAAUUGAACUACUUGAACAAAUCCGAAACCGAUUGUAAGGCAACGUGGUGCGGAAUAAGCGAGAACUAAUCAAAAAAAUUGCGAAACAAGAAAGCGAUCAAAUAGAAAAAGUAGUACAAUACGAGCUCGUAUCUUUAGAUGACGGUCACAUAUAGCAAAUCACAUCAAAUAAAUGAGAGGAAAUUUGACUAUCGGGAGCGGUGAACCAAAAUAAUAAAAUCACCCACGAUCAUACAGCGUUCUAACCCAACCCAACUGUACCCCUGUUUCUGAUAUCAAACACACAGCAGAGGAAACACCCAACUACUAGAAGCUAGUGAUUUUAGCGCAAAGAAAGUAUAGCGUAGCGUAUAUUUGUUCCUCCCUUGUUUGGUAUCCGUUUUCUCUUUUCCAUUUGUGGAAGCAAAGCAUUUUUCCAUUCGCCCCCACCCUUUUCAAACGCCAUACCGAAUACCGCUGAAGUGAAUCAAAACGCAUAUACAAUUCAAGCUCGAAUACUGCAAACUAAUCACACGGUUUUUACACCACUACUGUAAUAGAGAGAGAGAGAGAGAG